AUGGCUCAGUCAGAAGACGAGAAGCGUAAGGAGGUGGCUGACCGGUUUCAGAGUGGAAUCAACGAAAUUCAAACCCAACUGAACGACUAUUUGGAAAAGAAUAAUAAACUUCGGGAAGAGAAUCAAAUGUUGGCUGAUAAACUGCAGAAAUUCAUCGCGGACCACGAAAAACGUGAAAGUUACGUGCAAAAGCUACUGAAGACGCGGGAGUUGGAGGCGAAGCUGGCGGAGGCGAAGGCGGUGCAGGCGCGGGCAGUGCAGGAGCAGGCGGUGCUGCGCGAGAAGCGCGAGACGGAGCGAGCCCUCGAGGAGUGCAGCCUCCUUAAACAGCGCCUCGAGGCGCACCAGUUGGUGGAGGAGAAGCUCAAAGAGCAGGCAAAUUUCUCUUCUCAUUCUCCGCUAGUCAUAAUUGUUCAGCUAGGGGUUCUUAUUUUUGAGCCAAGACUUCCAAGUGUAAAACACCCGCUUCUUCGUACUGGCUUUGCCGCUUACAUUGACACUUCUCUAAAUGUUCUAAAAGAGUGGAAUUGGAGGCUCCUUUAA